CCUGGAGCUGCAUGAAAUGGAAGGGGUUUAUGUUCUUGCUUGCCUGGCAGGAAAAUCAUCCCAGCUCAGUGCAGCAAAAUGGACACUGGGGUCCAGUGCUCUUGGAAGGAAUGAAACAGGCAUGGUUCAGAAACUCGACCAGAAGCUGCCUGUAGCCAACGAGUAUCUGCUGCUGUCAGGCGGCGUGCGGGAAGGUGUGGUGGACAUUGACCUCGAUGAGCUGAAUGUUUAUGCCCGGGGCACAGACUAUGACAUGGACUUCACCCUGCUGGUGCCCGCGCUGAAGCUGCACGACCGCAACCAGCCGGUCACGCUGGACAUGCGCCACUCGGCCCUGUGCCACUCCUGGCUGAGCCUGCGCCUGUUCGACGAAGGAACCAUCAGCAAAUGGAAGGACUGCUGCACCAUCGUGGACCAUAUCAAUGGAGCUACCAAUUACUUCUUCUCCCCAACAAAAGUCGCAGACUGGUUCUAUGAAUCCAUUAGCAUUGUCCUCUCUGAGAUCCAGAAAAAGCCCCAACGAGGGAUGCCAAAGGUGGAGAAGGUAGAAAAGAAUGGGACUAUCAUAUCCAUUAUUUUGGGAGUGGGCAGCAGCCGCAUGCUGUAUGACAUUGUCCCCGUGGUGUCCUUCAAAGGCUGGCCAGCCGUGGCACAGAGCUGGUUGAUGGAGAACCACUUCUGGGAUGGGAAGAUCACGGAAGAGGAGGUCAUAAGUGGGUUUUAUUUAGUGCCUGCGUGUUCCUACAAGGGGAAGAAGGACAAUGAGUGGAGGCUGUCGUUUGCCAGGAGUGAAGUGCAGCUGAAAAAGUGUAUCUCCAGCAGCCUCAUGCAAGCCUACCAGGCCUGCAAAGCCAUCAUCAUCAAACUGCUGUCCCGCCCCAAAGCCAUUAGUCCAUAUCACCUGCGGAGCAUGAUGCUGUGGGCUUGUGACAGGCUGCCAGCCAGCUACCUGGCCCAGGAGGAUUACGCAGCCCAUUUCCUCCUGGGUCUCAUUGAUGACCUCCAGCACUGCUUGGUCAACAAGAUGUGCCCUAACUACUUCAUCCCGCAGUGCAACAUGCUGGAGCACCUCUCCGAAGACACCGUCAUGCUCCACGCGCGGAAGCUGUCCUCGGUGCGCUCCGACCCUGCCGAGCACCUCCGAACUGCCAUCGAACACGUCAAAGCAGCCAACAGGCUCACCCUGGAGCUCCAGCGGCGGGGCAGCACCACCAGCAUCCCCUCCCCACAGUCGGAUGGCGGGGACCCCAACCAGCCUGAUGACCGAUUAGCCAAAAAGUUGCAACAGCUAGUGACUGAGAACCCCGGGAAGUCCAUCUCUGUCUUCAUUAAUCCAGAUGAUGUCACAAGGCCCCACUUCAGAAUUGAUGAUAAAUUUUUCUGAGCUUUCGUCAGUGUUUCUCGGGAUUUUUAUUUGUUUCGUUUUUUAAAACUCUUGCAGUGUGCAGGUUUUUUCAUUUGUUUUUCCUGGAUGACUUAGUCUCUUGAUUUUUACAUAUCCAGCAUAGAUUGGAUCUGUUGAGAACAAUCUGAAUAAAUUAUAAAUCCUGGUUCUGCAGGACGGUGCAGAUUUUGGAACAGUAUAUUACUAUUUCAUAUGCUGCUUUGGAUUUUUUCACCCACCCUGCCCCAUUGUCUGUGAGUAGUUUCUAAAGGAGGACACGCAUCGUAAACACAAGCCACAGUGUAAUGUAGGGUUUUUUUCCCAAGCUUCCAUAAUUUAUGUACAUUGUUGGGCUGGGAGAAAGACAAUUCACCUUCCGUUGCUUCAGAAAUUCACUUCUUUUUCAUGAGCUUCCAUCACCCUAAAGAAAUGAGGAGAGACUGGGUUGGAAAGCACUACUGGUAAUUUGACAAGGCCAAAUCUACUGGGUUGAAGCCCAGUUCAUCUGUUCUUCACAUUUCUGAUACUAGGGGAGAAAGCUGACUUUAAAGAUGAUGAUGUAGCUUUUUGGGGAAAGAGUUGUUUCUGUUUUGAUCUACUUUUUGAAUGUAAUUGUUCAUUAAUUGGACCUUGUACAGUCCAGAGGGUUGUUUCUGCUGCUUUUCCAUGCGGAAUAAGGUUAUGGAAUGUUAGUUUUAGUGUGUGUAAUUAUUCAAAGCCUUAUUUAAAUUCUAUUAAAGAACAUACCAUUUUAAAUGUAAUUGCACUAAUGAAAUCUCUGCCAUUACCUCA